UUUUCACGUCUAGCAGCAUCUCGUCUCUUCGUUUUCUUUCAAAAAUGUCUUUUUUGCAAUCUAUGGUACCGCUUUUCACGUCUUGCAGCAUCUCUUCUCUUCGUUUUCUUCUAAACUAAUUUGUUAAAAAGCCACUAUAUAAGCCCAAAUUCUUCUUCAAAUUUACUCUUCUUUCGUCACUAAAUCUAUUCGAUCUUACUAAUAUGCGUGAUAGAGCAGGUCAGCAGCGUAGGCGUUCCCAGUCUCCACUUCGCAGUGGAUUUGAAAUCGUCGAACAGGUCCGAGUUUCGCCGAAAAGCCUUCUGUUUGACCAUCAAGGUGGAUAUGACAUGUUUGUUCUUGCCAACGACAGUAAUAAGGUGCGUUAUGCCUUCAAGCUAAUGUCAACGGAUAAUGAGCACUUUAAGUUCUCACCCAUUACGGGGUUUCUGGCUGGAAGAUCCGCUGCUAGGAUUCAUGUGCUACGCGAGGUAACGCUAACUCUUGUAAUCUAGCCGGUUUAAUAUCCAUUUUUAUUUUAGCGGGGGCCUCAAGCAUCCGGUGAUAGAUGUGACAUAUUGUUUAGACGUGUGGAUAAGAACAUGAAGGAUCCAGCUGCAGCGUUCAUUGGAAAUACUGCUCCCGAUUGUAUUCUUCAAGUUCAAUUAUUGACUCGUUAGCGAACUUCUGAUGCACUAAAUAUUAGGAUUAACAAAUUUUCUCUAAAAAAAUUAAUUUCCUUAAAGAACUUACUUUUCAAGUUUUGUCUAUUCCCUUCGGUUUUUUAAAAAAUAUGUAUCUCUUGUAUAUAGUCCAAUGCAAUAUAUGUGCUUUUAAUCAAUUCUUUGUUGUUUAUAAGUUCUUUUUUGUAAUCACUUCUCUGCUGUUAAAACAUUUAA